AGUGUUGAACAAUUUGACGACUGGCGUCAUGACAACAGUGAAAGUGAAACCACCGUGUACCGAAGAUUCGUUGUUCUGCUGGACAAGCUGUUACGGAACACUAGUAUUAUGUUGCAAGACGGCGAAAAUGCAUCCAAUGCAACCAAGGACGCAAUGAUUCUGCUUCAAUCUCUGACUAGCUCGAUCACAACCACCAACGAAAGAACUGAAAUGAGCAUGUAUGGCAGGAAGAUUGAUCUUCUAGCUAUCACGAAAUCAAGGGAGCAAAAUGUGGAGCUCACGUCGAGCGAAUGGAAGCGUGAAGGGGUAUCAGAAUCAAUUUCAUUGAAACAACAGUGCAAGAGUAUUCGUACAAACGCUGCUAUCCUAUCGAAAUUGAUGCUGAUUGGUGAUCUAGGACACCUUGUAGCAAUGGAUUGGCUUGGUAAGUACAAAAGUAUCUCUUCAUUUAAAUUAUCAUGGUAA